AUGUUUUUCUCUGGCAUGUUGUUCAUCAACAACCAAGUGCUAACAUUACAGGCAUUCUGGAAAGACCCGAGUGCUGUGUGGGACACCAUGGAGAAAACUCUCAUUAUACUAACUGUAUUUGGAUUUUCAUUUGUCUGCGUCACUUCGGCCCCGAUCAAGCAGCAAAGAGAUGUUGACAUCUACAGCUUCCACAUUAACUCUAUAGUAAACAGUCGCUACGCCAUCAAUGUCAUCACAAGCCGUGUGGCAAACCGACUCAAUGAGUCCAAAGAGGUUCAUUUUGAGGUGAAGAUACCAAAAAAUGCUUUCAUCAGCAAAUUCAAAAUGGUAAUAGAAGGAAAAACAUAUGAUGGAAUUGUGAAGAAAAAAGAAGAAGCAGAGAAACAGUACAGCCAGGCUGUAUCUCGAGGAGAAAGUGCCGGGAUUGUCAGCUCAGUAGGAAGAACCCUGGAGGAGUUUAAAACCUCAGUGACAGUAGCAGCUUUCAGUAAAGUGACCUUUGAACUCACAUAUGAAGAGCUGCUAAAGCGACGGCUUGGUAAAUACGAGUUACGAAUCCACGCUCAACCGAUGCAGCCUGUGGCAGAUUUCAAGAUUGAUGUCUAUAUGAAUGAGCCUUCAGGUAUUUCCUUCUUGGAGAUAAAAGGAGGACUAAAAAGUCAGGAGCUGUCCAGUGCUGUAAUCAGUACUCUGGCAGAGUCUACAAAAGAGGCAUGGGUAAAAUUUUACCCCACUCGUGAGCAGCAAACCAAAUGUGAAAGUUGUGGAGAUAAUGGACUGAAUGGAGACCUGCUCAUAGAGUACGAUGUGAAGAGACAAAAUCAAAAUGGAGAAUUGCAGGCAUCAAACGGUUAUUUCGUCCACUACUUCGCACCCACAGAUAUUCAGCAAAUCCCCAAAAAUGUGGUUUUUAUCAUCGACCGAAGCGGCUCUAUGCAUGGCAGGAAAAUGGAUCAGACUCGUACGGCUAUGUUGAAGAUUUUGGGAGAUCUUGCUCCGGAUGACUACUUCGGCCUGAUCAUUUUUGACUCUGAAGUAAAUGUCUGGAAAAAAGAACUCCUCCAAGCUACAGAGAGUAAUAUAAAGCAGGCAAAAGACUAUGUGAAGACGAUUAAUGAUCGAGGAGCUACAGACAUCAAUGCUGCAGUGCUAAAGGCGGUGGACAUGAUCAAGAAGCACCGCACUUCAGAGACUUCAGCCUCCCUCCUCAUCCUGCUCACUGAUGGAGAUCCCACUUCAGGUGAAACAAACACAGGGAGAAUUCAGAACAAUGUCAAAGAGGCCAUUGGAGGCAAAUUUCCACUUUACUGCCUGGGGUUUGGAUUUGAUGUAAACUUUGAUUUUUUGGAGAAAAUGGCUCUGGAGAAUGAUGGAGUUGCUCGCAGGAUCUAUGAGGACUCGGAUGCUGACCUCCAGCUGCAGGGUUUCUAUGAGGAAGUGGCCACUCCACUCUUAUCCAAUGUCCAACUGAACUACAUCGGAGCAGCAAAUCUCACCCAGACCACUUUCAAGCAGUUUUAUAAUGGCUCAGAGAUUGUGGUAGCUGGACAAAUCACAGACAACAACCUGGAGACUUUACAAACAGAGGUCAUCGCAAUCUCAAAAGAUACGAACGUAACAUAUCAGGACUCCGUUUCAAUAAAAGAUGUCAUUGAUGUUUUACCGCAACAUGAAAACUUCAUCCAGAGACUGUGGGCUUAUCUUACAGUGAAACAGCUCCUGGAGAAAGAAAUGACACUUAAAGGAGAUGAGAAAGAAGCAGCUAAGAAAAACGCUCUGGAUCUCUCUCUGAAAUAUGAAUUUGUGACUCCACUCACAUCCAUGGUGGUCACUAAGCCACAGGAAGAGGAGAUACAUGUCGCCCACAAACCCAAAGAAGGGGAAAAGCUAUACACAGAUUAUAGUGUGGGAGCCCUAAUGCCUGACUUGGGACAAAAAGGUCAAAGAGGUUUACCAGGCCCCCCAAUACACAGUUCACGAUUUGGCUAUGGACAAUCCUUUAUUUAUCAUUCAUCCACGGGAUGGGGUGCUUCAGGACAACCAGGACAACCAGGUCUAAUAGGUCCACCAGGUUUACCAGGACGUGAUUUGUCAUUCGAAUAUUAUGAUCCACUACCAUUAGCACCACAACCCUUGCCAACGUUCGUACACAUACAUCAGUCAUGGCCAGUCACUGCCUCUGCACCAACAGUGAAUAAUGUGAGGUUCUUAAUCUCUGCAAAGCCAAAACCGAUUUGUUAUGAUGCACCUGAAGGCCACAAACUUCUUCUUUUAAGCCCCUCAUCAGAAUUCUCUAUGAAUGGCCAGCUCUCCAGAAAUGGCUUCCAGCAUAUUGUUCUUCAUUAUAAAACGGCAAAGCUUCUCGUGAAUCAUAAGGAAAGUGUCUACUCUGAUGGAGGGAACAGUGUGAGAUUUGUAUGGGGGCAGUCAGAGCCCAGCAGCCACCAGUCAGACAGCAUAUCGAUAUUUAAAAGGAGCAACGAGUUAGACGUCACUGUGGGAGAUGUUCGUGUUGUUCUCCACCUUCAUAAGAAAGAUGGGGAUUUUUUUCUUUGGCCUGUUGUUCAUCAGUUACCAAAAAGUGCUAACAUUCAAGGCAUUCUGGGAAAAGCUGAUCUUGAGUAUGAAGAGUUGCCAGGCUCAAAGAUCAAAAUAAAGGAUCUGGAAGUUGAGGCAUCCCAGAGCUCUGCCAUUGACUACAGAUUUCCUGCAGCACCUAGUGUGGAUUGUUGGCUUGUACCAUUACAGUCUGCCCUGCAGGGGGAGCUGGCCGACUUCACUGUCUCAAAACUGAGCUCUGCCAUUGACUGCAGACUUAAUCUUGGCUUUACCAUCUACCCUGUCCUGCAGAAAGCACUUUCUGCCAUCAUUAUGAAGAUCCAUGCUUAUUCUCAGUCAGGUGUCAAAAGGACAGAGUAUUUGGCAAACAGUCUCCACAUGAUUUGUUUAAAAGUGAAUGUGCAUCUGUUAGACCAGACAGCUGUGUGGGUCACCAUGGCACAUGCCACAAUUCUACUAACAGUUUUUGGAGCUUUAUUUCUUUGUGUCACCUCAGUACCAUUCAAGAAGCAACGAGAUGUUGACAUCUACAGCUUUCACAUCAACUCUACAGUAACUAGCCGAUAUGCCAUCAAUGUCAUCACGAGUCGUGUGGCGAAUCGACUUAAUGAGUCCAAAGUUGUUCAUUUUGAGGUCAAGAUACCAAAAAAUGCUUUCAUCAGCAAAUUCAAGAUGAUGAUAGAGGGAAAGACAUAUGAUGGAAUUGUGAAACAGAAAGAAGAAGCAGAGCAACAGUACAGUCAGGCUGUAUCUCGAGGAGAAAGUGCUGGGAUUGUCAGCUCAGUAGGAAGAACCCUGGAGGAGUUUAAAACCUCAGUGACAGUAGCAGCUUUCAGUAAAGUGACCUUUGAACUCACAUAUGAAGAGCUGCUAAAGCGACGACUUGGUAAAUACGAGUUACGAAUCCACGCUCAACCAAUGCAACCUGUGGCAGAUUUCAAGAUUGAUGUCUAUAUAAAUGAGCAGCCAGAUAUUUCCUUCCUGGAAGUAAAAGGAAAUUUUAAAACUCAGGAGCUCUCCAGUGCUGUAACCAGUACUCUGGCCGACUCUACCAAGGAGGCAUGGGUGAACUUUUACCCCACUCGCGAACAGCAAACACAGUGUUGUGGAGAAAACGGACUGAACGGAGACUUGCUAAUAGAGUACGAUGUGAAGAGAUCAGAACAGAAAGGAGAACUGCAGGCAUUGAACGGGUAUUUCGUUCACUACUUUGCACCCACAGAUACCCAGCAAAUUCCCAAAAAUGUGGUCUUUCUUAUUGACCGUAGCGGAUCUAUGCGUGGCACUAAAAUUCACCAGACUCGCAUGGCAAUGCUGAAGAUUUUGCAAGAUCUAUCUGAAGAUGAUUACUUUGGACUGAGCACCUUUGACAGUUCUGUACACGACUGGAAACCUGAACUUCUCCAAGCCACAAAGAAAAAUCUGCAAGAGGCAAAGGCUUUUGUGAAUACAAUGGUAGCAAGAGGAGGCACAAACAUCAAUCAGGCCUUGCAAAAUGGGGUGGAAAUGAUCACAAGCCACCCACGGCAGGGUUCUGCCUCCAUUCUCAUCCUGCUGACUGAUGGAGACCCCACUUCAGGUGAAACAAACACAAUGAAAAUUCGGAGCAAUGCCAAAGAGGCUAUUGGUGGUAAAUUUCCUCUCUACUGCCUGGGGUUUGGAUUUGAUGUAAACUUUGAUUUCCUGAAAGAAAUGGCUCUGGAGAAUGAUGGAGUUGCUCGGAGGAUCUAUGAGGACUCUGACGCUGACCUCCAGCUACAGGGUUUCUAUGAGGAAGUGGCCACUCCACUUUUAACUGAUGUCCAACUGAACUACAUCGGAGCAGCAAAUCUCACCCAGACCACUUUCAAGCAGUUUUAUAAUGGCUCAGAGAUUGUGGUAGCUGGACAAAUCACAGACAACAACCUGGAGACUUUACAAACAGAGGUCAUCGCAAUCUCAAAAGAUACGAACGUAACAUAUCAGGACUCCGUUUCAAUAAAAGAUGUCAUUGAUGUUUUACCGCAACAUGAAAACUUCAUCCAGAGACUGUGGGCUUAUCUUACAGUGAAACAGCUCCUGGAGAAAGAAAUGACACUUAAAGGAGAUGAGAAAGAAGCAGCUAAGAAAAACGCUCUGGAUCUCUCUCUGAAAUAUGAAUUUGUGACUCCACUCACAUCCAUGGUGGUCACUAAGCCACAGGAAGAGGAGAUACAUGUCGCCCACAAACCCAAAGAAGGGGAAAAGCAAAAAAUACAAAGAAUAUCAGCCAAAAUAACUGACUUGGGUGCCAGGAGUGGGUAUCAAAAGAUCAACAAUAGACUCCAGGGAUCAAAGGUUGAAGGACGAAGUAUAUCAUUGAGUGGCAGCGCAGACUCCCACUCUUUCGUAUCACACGGAAUCCACAAUUUGUUUGCUAUGGCACCUGUUGAAGCACCAAAUCGCUUCGGUGUAGAAUACUUCCUGACAGAACGCCUCCGCAUACCCUCACAGCCACACAGACCUAAAAACGUUCCCAUCACUCCCCAUCCAGGGCAUCAAACGAGAUUCUUGAUCUCUGCACAGCCGAAAGCUAUCUGUUAUGAUGUCCCCACGGGCCAUUAUAAACUCCGCCUCCUUUUGGACUCAUCAUCAAACUUCUCUAUGAACGCUGAGCUCUCGGGAAACGGCUUCCAGCUAAUCGCUAUCCAUUACAAAACAGCAAAGCUUCUCACAAGCACUAAUGAAAGUGUCUACUCUGAUGAAAAGUUGAAUAUGAAGCUUGUUUGGGGGCAAUCAGGUCACAACAGUAUUGAAUUAGAUAGUAUGUCAAUAUUUCUGAGGGACAAAGUACUGGACAUCACCAUGGGAUCUGUACGUGUUGUUUUGCUCCUUCACAAAAAAGGCAACGAGGUUUUCCUGUGGCCUUCUGUUCGUCAACUGCCAAAGGAUGCUAACACUCAAGGCAUUCUGGGAAAAACUGAUCUUCAGUACACCGAGUUACCAGACUCAAAGGUUAAAAUCAUGGAUCAGGAAGUGCUUGCACAACUGACCUCUGCCAUCGACUACAGACUCCCAGCAGCUCCUUCUGUGCAAUGUUGGCUCGUGCCAUUCCAGUCUGCCCUGCAGGGGGAGCUUUCUGACUUCACUAUCUCACAGCUCUGACAGAAAUAUAUCUAAUUCUCUUUUCUGUAUUAAAAUGCAGAUGUUAAGGACUCGCUGUUGAAAUCAGACCUUUAGAAAUGAAUCAAAUGGAAAUGGAAUAAAAUGAAAAUUACAUGUACUUCAUGAUCAUUAUACAUUAAAUCUGAACACAUGAAUCUGAGACAGGAA